UUCGUCCAAAAAUCCAACGGUUGAUCUCGAGAUAUUUGCAACAGCAAGAUGGAACGAGCUCGAUGAACAUUUGGACGGACUCUUACGCGAAAUUGCUCCCGCCAGUAUGAUUGCAUGUUGGUGGGAUUCCAACAAUCAUACAAAUCAUGUUACUAAUUUUGAAGAAUUGGGCCAACCGUCAAAGUUAAGAAGUUCUAAAACUUUGGAAGCACCAGAGAUUCAACACGAUGUUAUGGAAGUAGAUGAUGAAUUAAUUCAUUUAUUAUUUCACAAAUUGGACAUCAAUUAUAAUAUUGCAGCAAUUGUGCGUCUUGAAAAUAAGAAAUGCAGCUCGAAACAUUCUAACAUUCUUCCUCCUAACGCUAGAAAUACAGUUUAUGUUCGUUUCUAUUGCCUCCAACAAGACGAAGGAAGGCGAAGGAAAUGGAUGAUAGAUGAUGCCAUUACGCGAAAUGAACGUUCAAUGGAAUAUUUUGUUGAUCCAAAGGAGCGGAACGUUACAUUCCUUGAUUCGUUGUGUAGAAUUCGUCACGAUCCUUUACACGAGUCUCGAAGUUUAAAACCAAAACGAAGGCUUUAUUUGUAUAUAAUCUUCGACGCUCAUCUUUGCCUUGAUGCUUCCGAAUACAACGAACUCGAUAUCAAUUCUGCCAGUGAUUUCAGCGUUUCAUUUCAGAAAAAUAAGUGGGAUUAUCAGGUUGUUCUCAUUAUCGACGAAUUUGAUAGACUUUAUAAGGCGAAUGAUGAUGUAAAGUUCUCGUGUUUGGAAACUCUUCGUAAUAUUAAGCCAACAAGGGAAAAAUUUGCUAUCUGGUCUAUAGUCGUCACU